CUUGUUUUAACUGGCUGGGAGGGAAUGCUGUGGAUUCGUCGCUCCUCCCGGCGGAUCUGUGCGCAGCUGCUGCCAUUCCCUUUGGCGCCACCCGCCGCAAGCACCACAUUCAAUAGCAUCGCGAAACGAUGUCGAUUUGAGAUGAUCCAUAGUACGAGCAGGGAUGAUCUGCAAAAUUCUGGGAUUUCUAGCUCUGAGCCUUCUCUGCUACCAUCACCAGGAAGCUCCAGGGUCCAUCCGACAGCCAUUGUUCACUCUCAAGCUACCAUCGGUGAGCGCGUGAGUAUUGGUCCAUUUUGCAGCGUUGGUCCCGGUGCAAAGCUUGGCAGUGGCUGCACACUCCACCCAAACAGCCACAUCUUUGGAAACACCCACAUUGGCGACAACUCCACGCUCUUCCCGGGAGCAAUAGUUGGAGCUGACAUUCCUGGUGAGACGGUCAUCGGCAAGAAUAACAGCAUCGGCUGUUAUGCGGUAGUCGGAGUGAAGUGCCAAGAUCUCAAGUACAAAGAUGGAGACGAAUGCUUUCUUCGAAUAGGUGAUAAUAACGAUAUAAGGGAGCACGCCAGCGUUCACAGAUCGUCCAAAAGCACCGAUAGCACGAUAAUUGGCGACAGCAAUCUUAUAAUGGGAGCCUGUCACAUUGCACACGACGUCAAGCUCGGUAACAGCAACAUUCUGGCAAAUGGUACUCUUCUAGGCGGUCACGUCGUGGUGGAGAAUUGUAUCCACACAGGAGGAGGAGCGGCAGUGCAUCAGUUUUGUCACAUCGGCUCUUACUCCUUCUUGGCAGGCGGUUCCAUGGUGGACAGAGAUGUUCCAACGUAUAUGAUGGUUGCUGGGAAUCGUGCAGAGCUUCGGGGACUUAAUCUGGAAGGACUGAGACGGCGUGGAUUCUCCGAGAUCGAGGUGAACAGCCUGAGGCGAGCUUAUCAAAGGCUUUUCGUGAACAGUGAUGAAAAUGCUGGAGGGAUCGACGACCGACUUGCCAUUCUCGACUUGGAUGCAAAGCUUUCCAAGGUUGAGGUAGUUCUUCAGAUGAUCCAGUCUGUCCGGGAUUGUUUCGGAGAGAAUCGAAGAGGCCUGUGUAAGUUUCGGCAAGUAACUGGAAUCAUAGACAAUGCGAUUGAUAUUCCUUGAUCAAGCUC